AUGCCUACACCAGCUGAGCAACAGAGUGAAGCUCGGCCAGAAAUUGUGCCAGACACAGUGGCCGAUGAUAAAUUGAACCCCAGACAGCCUGACGACGACGAAGAUAAUAUGGCUGUAGAUGAGGAAAGCACGCGACCAGGUGGUCUUGAUAAAUCAUCUAACGGCUGGUCCAAGAAGAGUUCAGACCCGUCUUCUAUGAAACUGAGCAAAUUAGGCAGAAGAUUAAGAACAAACGCAUCAAACCCAUCGGGCACUACUGAUACAACCGAUGAAAUGGAUGAUGAUAACGAUAAUGACAAUGCGAACGAUUUAGACAAUGAGGCGGGCUCAGGAUCCCUGGUUCGUCAAAAGAAGAGAGCCACUAAGAACAAACACGUUUCCUCCAUCACCAACAUAGACAUAUACCAGCACCAGUUUUUCACCCAGCGCGACACCGCGACUACUACAUCGUCCUUUUUAAGACCAGGAGCACAAUUUUCCGGUUCACAGCAGUCGGGCCGAUUCAUAUACGAAGUGAACGUAGAGCUAAAGCGAGUCGAUAUGGAAAAUGCAUUUAUCUGCGGAUACCUCCGGAUAGAAGGGCUGACUGAAGAGCAUCCAUGUUUGAUUACAUAUUUCGAAGGCGAAAUGAUCAGUGAAAAGCAUUCAUUCUACACCAAGCGAGAGGACUGGGGUGCUGACGACAAGGCGGAUAUCGCCCACUGGGCGCGCUUCACGCCCUGGAGGACCAUCUCGAAAGAAGCCAAGGACCCUAAAUACGUCCACAAGAACUAUGCCGAGAAAUCGCACAUUUACAUGAGAUGGAAAGAGUGUUUCCUGGUUCCGGACCACCGCAUCAUCGACAUCCAAGGAGCCUCGUACGCCGGCUUCUACUAUAUCUGCUUCGACCAGUCGAACGGCUCGUUCAACGGGUUCUACUUCCACCGACGGUCCGAGCGAUACCAGCAGCUGGAUCUCGCAUACUGCCAGAACUCCGGCCAGUACCCGCGAUACGAAUUCCGCUAA